UGACGUGGUUUGGUGUCUUCAACGCGGUGUCCCUUCAACGCCUGCGGCAGGGGUCUUCGUCGGCGCUGCCGUCCCUCAACCUGGCCGAGAACUUCCUCCAACUCAACAAGAUCAUCGACAGGGUCAACAGUCAGCAAGCUUUGUGGAAGGCGGGGAGAAAUUUUGGAGAAAAUACGACAGUGAAUGACCUGGUGGACCUCUUGGGGGUGGAAUGGUCGAUUAGUACGGUGCUUUUCCUGCGGAAAAUGAACGACCCCAACUGGCCUCCUGACGAGAGAGUCCCAGAAUUUUUCGACGCACGUGAGAAGUGGAAGAACUGCACCGUCAUCGGCGAAAUUUUGGACCAAAGUCAAUGCGGCUCUUGUUGGGCUAUGGCACCUGCACAAGUAGCCACCGAUCGGUACUGCAUAGCCUCAGGGGGACGCCAUAAUAUUAGGCUCUCAACUCAGGAAAUCUUGGACUGUGCCAUCAUGCGCUACAGGCGAGGCUGCAAAGGCGGGAUGCCAGCCGAGGCAUAUCAGUUUAUGCGGAAACAUGGGCUUGUGAGCGGCGGGACUUUUGGGUCGGAGGAGGGCUGUCAACCUUAUUUUAUGCCCAAGUGUGCCCACCACGGUAUCGGACCUUUCACACCUUGCAGCCGAACGCAGCAGAAGAUUCCAGUCUGCAAAACGAAAUGUACCAACGAUAAAUACGGCGUUGAAUUUAAAGAUGAUCUCAGAAAAUUUAAUACCAUUUAUAAGCUGGGCACGAAUGAGAAAUGGAUCCAGAAAGACAUUAUGACGUACGGACCUUUAUCAACCCAGUUUCAAGUACACGAGGAUUUUUUUCUGUACAAAUCAGGGGUAUACGAGCCGAUGGCUUCGCUCUUCCUCUCGCCGCAGGGCACCGCGCGGGGUCACACGGUGAAGAUCAUCGGCUGGGGCACCGAGAAAGGGAUCCCUUACUGGUUGUGCAUCAACUCGUGGAACGAGCACUGGGGCGAUCGUGGCAUCGUCAAGAUGAGGCGCCGCUCGCCACUUCUCCUUCUCGAGCUACUCAUGUACGGCGCCCUCCCCACGAUCGACACCAAGUUCUUCCAGCCUCAGUACCAGCCGAAACCUCCUCAGUCACCUCCAGAGCUCCCGCAGAAACCGCCUCAGUCACCUCCAGAGGUUUCGCAGAAACCGCCUCAGUCACCUCCACCGGUUCCGCAAAAACCGCCUCAAUCACCUCCACAGAUUUCACAGAAUCCGCCUCAGUCACCUCCACAGGUUUCGCAGAAACCGCCUCAAUCGCCUCCACAGAUUUCGCAGAAACCGCCUCAGUCACCUCCACCGGUUCCGCAGAAACCGCCUCAAUCACCUCCAGAGGUUUCGCAGAAUCCGCCUCAGUCUCCACCAGAGGUUUCGCAGAAACCGCCUCAGUCACCUCCAGAGUUCCCGCAGAAACCGCCUCAGUCACCUCUACAGGUUUCGCAGAAACCGCCUCAAUCGCCUCCACAGAUUUUGCAGAAACCGCCUCAGUCACCUCCACCGGUUCCGCAGAAGCCGCCUCAAUCGCCUCCAGAGGUUUCGCAGAAUCCGCCUCAGUCACCUCCACAGGUUUCGCAGAAACCGCCUCAAUCGCCUCCACAGCUCCCACCGAAACCGCCUCAGUCACCUCCACAAUUCCCAUCGCCCAAUCAGAUUAAAUCCACGACUAAGAGGUUCGUGCCACGCCAGGACACCGUCUCCCAUGAUGUCAGUCUUUCAUCUAGUUCCUCUCAACCCCCCGAUGAUCCGGCACGGAAUGGUCCUGGAGGAUCCUCGAAAGACGCUACCGCUGGUCCCUCCGAACCUUCCACUAACGCACGAAGGCACGAAAGAAAGUCUUCCAAUGAGAAUGGGGAGCGGCCUUUUCAGGCUUCACCGAGUAAACGGUCACAAGAACACGAGGAACUAGCCACUCAGGCAUCAGAGAACCAGGAACCGACCUCCCGAUUACCAAAGAACAAGCAAUCAGCUACCAAAUCUCCCGAACACGAGCAAUCAGCCCGGUCGGCAGGAAACGAGACGCAGGUUUCCCGAUCGUUUAAGAACGAGAGCGCAACCACGGAAUCGCUAGGGAAUGAUCAAUCAGUUGCCCAAGCACCAGAAGGUAAAAAACAAAUCUCGCAGUCGUCAGAAAACCAAACACCGACUGCUCGGUUACAAGAAAAUGAGCACUCGGCCACCAUAAUACCGGGGCAUGAAAGAUCAGCUUUUCAAUCAUCAGAGGGCCAGAUAACAUCCGCCAAGUCAUCGGAGAACGAGCGACCAGCAUUUCGGUCAUCAGAAAACCAAACAACGGCUGCUCGGUUGCCAGAAAUUGAGGAAGAGGCCGCGCAGGUACCAUUGAAAAACCAACCAGCCGCGCGGUCAGCUGCGAACCAAACACCGGCCACAAAGUCACCAGUAAACGAGCAUGUAGGCACUCGAUUGUCUAAAAACCAAACACCAGCUGCUCAAAUGGCGGAAAUAGAGGAAACAGCCACCCAGCCACCAUCAAAUGUCAAACCAGCGGCUCGGUCACCAUCAGGAAACCAAACACCGGCCGCUCAGUUGAAAGAAAAUGAAGAUUCAGCCAAACCAGCAGCUCGGUCUUCAGAAAACUCAACAGCGGCCGCGCGAUUGUCAGAGAAUCAACAACCGGUCACAAGAUCAAAAGGAAACGAACGACUAGCCACUCUGUCAUCAGAAAAUCUAACACCGGUUGCUCGAUUACCAGAAAAUGAGCAACCGGUCACUCGGUCAUCGGACAGCCAAACUCUAGCUGCUAGGUGACAAGAAAACGAAAAACCGAACCAGGCGCGAAUCUAGAGCCGCGACCGAUGUGCGAUCAAACGGAAAUUAACAUAAAACUUAUUUUUAAUUUUGAUUCCAGCCAUGAAAAUGCCUAAAAUUUGAAAAUGUUUACUUCAUAAUCAACAAAAACAACAUGAAAGGGACAACCGCCAGUUGCGAGGAGGAAAAAAAUAAAAACAGUUAAAAAGGCCUUUAAGAAAGAAAAAAAAUUGUUAAAUAAGUGAUAACGGAGGAAGCAUAUGAAUUUCCCACACGACUUCUUGAAGUCCCGAAGUUCUUAGCGUGACAAGGCACAACCUAACGUUUCAGAGUGCCUCUUGGCUUCGGACAGGACAUCCUUUCCAAAAAUUACUAGCAGCAAUGUGUUUCAUGAUAAACCAGCUGCUUCGAAUUUGAAAGGACUAUCUUACGCAAAACAUGACGAUGCUACGAAAAAAGAUGAAUCAUUACUUUAUCUUUCAAAGUUUCCGCUCGGAUUUUAAUGAUCUUACAAAACGCCAUCAAUUUCUCUUAGGAGAAAAGAUAACGACAAAUCUUUUCUUUCAUAAAAAAAAUUUAGAAUUAACAUCUUUGAUUCUUAAACAUGGAGAAGAUAAUGUGCUAAUAUGAAUUUCCCACUAACAGAUUAAUUUUCAGUUAUCUUUGUAAGCACCUCUGAAUUUUGAUAAAUUGUACAGUUAUGAAUGAGGGAGGAAGAUGAAUUGCUUCCUGUGGCUUCAAGGAAAUUUUAGAAG